AUGGAGGCCAGCAGGGCCAAGAAAGCCAAGAAAGGUUUCUUGACACCGGAACGAAAGAAGAAGCUCAGGAAACUGUUGAUGAUGAAAGCCGCCGAGGAUCUGAAGCAGCAGCAAAUGCUCAAGGAACAGGAACGACAGCGUAUACUUCAAGAGCGAAUCAUUCCGCUGCCGGAUCUCGAUGAAUGCGAUGAUCUUGAGGAAGUCUACAAUCAGAUGCGCGAACGUCUAAUUGCCUUGGAAAGCGAGAACUACGACGUAUCGUACACAGUACGACAGAAAGAUUUUGAAAUCAACGAGCUCACCAUUGCAGUGAACGAUCUUCGUGGAAAAUUCGUGAAGCCUACACUGAAGAAAGUGUCAAAGACUGAGGGUAAGUUUGAUAAGCUGAAGAAGAAAGAAGCCGCCAAAGUCGAUUUCCGUUCCAACCUGAAGCAAGUCGACAAGAACCAAUUCGCUAUGGAAGAGGUUAGGGCCGAG